AUAGGCGGGAAAACAUAAACAAAGGUUCCAGCAGAUGAUAGAUCCAGUUAAUUUAGUUUUACAGAGAAAACUGUUGAUGGUGAUUGUCAUGUAGUAUUUAAAAACUGUGGUUUAACUUAUAACAACCCUUGUAUGAUUUGCCAUGCAUGAUGGCAGGGUUGAAUGAGUGCAGAACUUGUAAUUUUUCUAAAUCUUCCCUGCCAGAUUUUCCCCAUUUGGAAUGUUCAUCUGAACUGUAUACCAUUGACACUUUCAAUACCGAGGAUCAAUCUAUUUUUUUGACUUCAUGUGGUAUUUCACCAGGAACUGGGUUUCUAUUGUUUAAGAACAUUUGUUCUUCACACGUACAUGAAUUUCGAAAUGCAUACAAGAAACGAUGUAUGAAAAGACUCUGCAGUGUACCAAGUGUUGUAUGUUACCAUUCAGGCCAGAACUGCAAAACAGAAAGAUAUAUAUCAUCUCCUCAAGUGAAAACUAUAUUUAACAACACUGGAAUUGUUUUACCUGUUGGAACUGGUCUUUGUACAAAGUGCAGAAAAAGUCUAUUGAAACAAGCUCAGUGUGAGGAAUUAUCUUUAGAUGUUUCUAAAAUAGUGCAGGGUGAUCAGCAUUCCUAUUGGAGACAAGAGACACAUAUAUCUGACCAUGAAAUGACUGUCCCACUUCAGGCGGAAGAGUGUUUAGAUGAUUUAGUCCUCAGUCAGGAAACAGACCAGUCACUUGCAGGGGGAAGUCAGGUUUCAGAGGCGUCAGUUUGUGUGAUUGAAAAAUUAGAUAAACUUAAUGAAUUUUUAAGCCUGUCUGGAAUUAGUCCAGUAAAGAAGAUCCAGGGACCUUUGGAGAGUGCUAGUGCAAGAACCAUUCAGAGAUAUAAACUCAAGGCUAGGCAGUGCCUUAACUCUGUUUUUGAAACAAUUUGUCCAGGUGAGGCACCAUUUCUAGAAGCUGAACUUUAUCCAGAAUCAUUGAAAGACAAUACCAUGAAGACUCUUCUAGAAAUAUACACUAAGGCUGAUACAUGGAUGUUCAGACGACAGGUCUUAUCUAUCCUCACUGAGCAACUUAACUAUGAUGGAUUAAGAAAGAUGAUUCCCAAUAUUACACAAUGGAGGUACUAUGAGGCUAAAAGACACACAGACAAGUCAGGUGCAGGACAGCCAGUUCAGCCCUCAAAACAACAGAGAGAGAAGUUUGAUGCCAAAUGUUUAGAACAUUUUAUAGAUUUUAUAACAUCUAAUCAAAUCAUUAAGGACCUACCAUUUGGGGAUAAAACUCUAAGAUUAUCAACUGGAGAGAUCAGAAAUAUACCAAAUGUAGUUCGAUCCAUUGCACCAGUUUCCAUCAUCAAACAGUAUAACCAGUUGUGUGAAGAAGAUCAGGUUAAACCUUUAGGCACAAGCACCCUAUAUAAACUUUUAGAUGAGUGUGCAGCAUCAGUGAGAAAAAGUAUGGAAGGACUUGACAAUUACAUAACAGAGGGAGGCAGGGCUUUUUGUUGAGUUGGAGAAAUUAGUUGUCCUAUUACCUGAGGAUACACAAGCACUGAAAGCAAGACUUCAGGAGGCAAAGCAGUACUUAAAAACAGAUAUGAAAAUUCAUGUGAGGCAAACUUCAACAGUUGCUGACCAUUGUGCACCAUAUGCUUUGAGCACAAGUGAUCCAUGCUUUAGAGGAGUAUGUGACCAUGAACAUGACAGCCGAUG